AUGAAGCUCCCGUCGUGGCUCACCGCCGUGCCGCCGGACCCUCGGGCGUACGGCCACCUCGUCCAGCUCUGCGCGGACUCCGGUCACCUCGCCGCCGGCCGCCAGCUCCACGCCCGCCUCGUCGCUCUCUCAGUUACGCCGUCCAACUUCCUCGCCUCCAAGCUCAUCUCCCUCUACUCCCGCGCAGCCCGCCUUGACGACGCACGCAGGGUGUUCGACGCCAUCCCGCAGCCCAGCGUCUUCGCCUGGAACGCCAUCCUCAUUGCACUCUCGCUCCACUCGCCCGAUCCCUCCGCCGCGGUGCGCCUCUUCGCCACAUCCGGCAUCUCUCCCGACGAGAUCACGCUCUCUGCGCUCCUCAAGUCGCUCGCCGAGUCCGGACCGAGGCUGUCUGCACUCGUCGCUGCGGAGCUCCACGCCGUCGCGGUCCAGCGCGGCUUUGGGGACGACCUGUUCGUGUCCAAUGGUCUCAUCACCGCGUACGCGAACGCCGGAGAUUCGCGGUCUGCUCGCGUGAUAUUUGACGAAAUGCCGCGGCGAGACGUGGUGUCCUGGAACUCGUUGAUAUCGGCUUACGCUCGUGCAGGGUGGUACCGGGAGUGCCUGCAGCUGUUUCAGGAGUUAGCGAGCGUUCAUGAUGCUGGUGGUGUUAGACCCAACAGCAUCACGGUGGCUAGUGUAUUGCAUGCUUGUGCACAGCUCAAGGCUGUCGAUUUUGGGGUAAGAGUGCACUGUCUUGCUGCCGAGAAUGGGCUUGAUUUGGACAUCGCAGUGUGGAACUCAACAGUUGGGUUUUAUGCCAAAUGUGGAAGGUUGGAGUAUGCAAGAGAGUUGUUUGAAGGGAUGCCUAAGAAAGAUGCGGUCAGUUACAGUGCCAUGAUUACUGGUUACAUGAACCAUGGGCAUGUCGACAAGGGAAUGGAGCUAUUCCAGCGAGCAGAUGCUCAAGGUAUCAGCAUUUGGAAUGCAGUGAUUGCUGGAUUGGUUCAAAAUGGUCGCCAGUCUGAAGUGCUUGGACUACUGAAUAAGAUGAUUGGUUCUGGAAUUCUACCCAAUUCAGCCACACUUUCAAUCAUCAUUCCUUCAGUUGAUUUGUUCGCCACCCUACUGGGAGUGAAGCAAGCACAUGGCUAUGCGAUCAGAAACAACCAUGAUCAGAGUAUCAGUGUCGUGAUUGCAUUGAUGGAUGCUUACUCAAAGGCUGGAUUUCUUGAUGGGUCUCGAAAGGUCUUUAAAUUGACUAGUGAUAGAAGCAAAAUUGUAUGGACAUCAAUCAUAUCCGCUGUUGCGGCUCAUGGAGAAGCUGCAGAGGCACUGUGCCUGUUCAAUGAGAUGAUCAAUGCUGGCAUCAGACCGGAUACCAUAGUCUUCACUGCUGUGCUUACAGCUUGUGCUUAUACUGGCAAGGUAGCUGAUGCUCGUAAAGUUUUUAACUCCAUGCAGGUUGUGUUUGGUAUCAAUCCGGUGAUGGAGCAAUAUGCUUGCAUGGUUUCUGCAUUCAGCCGUUCAGGGAUGCUAAAGGAUGCACUUGAGCUUGUCAACAGCAUGCCAUUUGAACCAAAUGCAAAGGUCUGGGGUCCAUUGCUUAAUGGAGCAGCAGAAUUCGGUGAUGUUGAGCUUGGUAGAUUUGUAUUCGAUCGACUAUUUAUAAUUGAGCCUAAGAACACCGGUAAUUACAUUGUGAUGGCUAAUUUGUACUCAAAUGCUGGCAAAUGGGAAGAAGCUGAGAUCAUAAGGAGCAUGAUGUGGGGAGUUGGGCUCGAGAAGGUUCCUGGGUGUAGUUGGAAUUGA